UCACAGGUGCGCGCUUGUAGUGAAGCAGCGCCGCUUUCCACACGGGCUGAGCGUUGAGAGGACGGGGCAACAAGAUGCCGUUGAGGCGGACGAGAAAUGCCCAGGUUAAAGAGCAGCUGGGCCGGGAGAUGCGACAGAGCAGACUGGCCCUCUUCAUUCAGCAGUUCGAGAAAGAAGCACAAGAGCGUAUGAACGAGCUGGAGGCCAAAAUGGAGAACAUGUUGGCAACAGUGGACAAAGUCUUCAAAGUGGAACUGAUGAAGAUGCCUCCUUCUCUUCAAAACACGUUCAUAGGGGAUUUAAUAAGCGAGGAAGAGAUCUCAGCAAGUGAUGUGUCAAUUGCCAUGAAGAAUGAGUCUCUUGAGAUGCACCAGCCCCUCAGGAGGGUACCCAGCAAAAGAGGGAAAUCAACUGAUUCUACCCCAGGUCAGUCCACCCCAGCCCAGAGGACCUCAUCCAAGACCUCUAAGGGAGGAAAGGGGGCAAAAAAGAGCAGAACAUUAGUUGGUAGUAACAGCACUGGGAAUCUCAGGGGCUCCUCAGUCACUGCCAAAAGAACCCAAAGCCGCUUGACCAAAACCAACGACCAGGCCGUACCGACCAAACCUAAACUCAGGUCUGUCGUCUCUGCUGGUGAUCUGCACUGUUCAAUGGCAGGCUCUGCUGCACACAUCACUGUAACCACGGCACAGGGGCAGACCGUUAGCUUUUCUGAAGAGACCAAGGAUGCCGUUAACUUGGACUUGCUGGAUGACGUGGCAUGGUGCCAGAUUCAGAAGCUCACGAGUCUGAUGGAGUAUCUGUCGAGGCGAAGUCGCUGCCAGCGAUGAGUAAAGAUGCCUGAACAUCCACCGUUGAUUUUCUUAUCAGAUUUGCAAAUACAGUAAUAAUAACAGUUGUGCUUUGGUUGUCUUAAAGAGUUUUAAAAAUAUAUAAUAAAGCUUAUUAUUAUCCUA